GUUAGAGAACUUUGUUUACAUUCCCGAAAGCUCAAUUCAUGUCCAUGUUCAUGACAUAUAAAGAGACUUUACUGAUUCUUUAACCUCGGUAUGGCUUCCCAGGCCACGAUAACAAUCAAAGGACCAUCUGCGGCAGCCAGUAUCUCGACUCCGCGUCCGAAAAAACGCCCUGGAUCUACGGCUGUGACUGGAGCUCAACAAAACAGCAACAGCAGCAGCAAUAAGAAAAAGAAAACGACUCCGAUCACAGCAUCAACUGCACAAGCACAGGUAGCAGCGGUGGAGACAGUCGCUGAUGGGUUUUUAGAUGCUUCAGGUGCACUUACAGAGUCCACAGCAAAGCCCCCACCAUUUAAAGACCCUACAUUUAUGCAUUCAGGCAUUGGAGGAGCAGCAGCUGGCAAAAAGAACAGGACGUGGAAGAAUCUCAAACAGAUUUUAGCUUUGGAGAAGACACUACCCUGGAAGCUCGAUGACCCCAACUAUUAUAACAUAGAUGCCCCACCCUCCCUAAAACCUGCUAAGAAAUACUCGGACAUCUCAGGACUCCCUGCCAACUACACAGACCCCCAAACAAAGUUACGCUUCACCUCAUCAGAAGAGUUCUCCUACAUUCGCCUGCUGCCUUCAGAUGUUGUGACAGGUUACCUCACUCUCAGAAAAGCAACCUGCAUUGUACCCUGACAGCUCAGAAAGACACAGACUUUUAAGACUUUAAAUACCAGAAUUGUUAUUACAAUGCAAUCCUGGCCCAGCAUGGAAAUUCACAAUCUUCCACAUCAUUUGAAGACAUUUUUCUCUCAUUCAUGACUGAUGUUUUUCUUCUUUUGCUUUUAUUUAUAAUAAAAUUAAAAUACUCCUGAACCA